AUAGCGUGUUGUAUAACCAGAGGUCAUAUGUACCACGGGGCCACGUGGCAUAUAAAAACGCUGACCUGUUUUUAGAAGUCGUCUGUUGGGCAACUGUCGUCUGCGAUAGAACAAGCAGCCAUGUUUAAAAUCGCUCUAUUGUUGGGUUUCGCAGCGGUUAGCUGGGCUCAAGUCCCUGUACCGUGUGAGUCCCCAAAACAAUGGGAAGGACGCAGAGUCGCAACAGACGAGAUGAAACAGUUCCAAGAGAUUUCUAAAUAUAGCUAUGACGCAACAAACAUGCGAACAAGAGCAAUAGAGGAACGCGAGGUUGGCAAAGAACGUGAUUACUAUGAUGUCCUUCAUCUUUACAAAGAAAACAAAGAAUACAGACUGAACCUGAAGACCAAACAGUGCAAUGUCUCUACACCUCGCCAUCCAUUCUUUGAAACCGGUGUACCCAAAGGUUCAAAGUUCUUGUUCGAAGCUGAAGCCGGGGCUGCACAAAUACCAUUGGAACACCUGACUGUACAAAACUGGGACAUUACCUUUGAUGAUGGAGCAAGAUACGCUAUUGCUGUGACGUCACCAGAUUGUGUGCCGAUAUUCGCUGCUUAUUACAGCAAAUCAUUCGGAUUCUUGAUAGAAAAUUUCUUCGACAUUCGUGGUGGAAUUUCAGAUCCUAGUGUUUUCGAGCCCCCAGAAGAGUGCAGGGGAUUGUAAAUUGUUAAAAAGUUGUAUUUCUUAAUCGUAUAUAAUAAAAUGUAAAAAUACAGAACAA